CGUUGCUUUUGUGCUUAAACUGUUGUUAGCUUUGGACUCUCAUUGAAUCCAAGGAACUGAAGAUAUGGCUGUGGCAUUUGUGGGGGAGGCUUUCCUCUCAGCUUCUGUGGAAGUGUUGCUAGAGAGGAUCGUUUCCCAUGAGUUCCUAUACUUCUUCCGGAGCAAGGAGCUUGACGUUUCACUCCUGAAAAGGCUGAAAAUAACACUGUUGAGUCUUCAAGCUGUACUUAAUGAUGCUGAGGAGAAACAGAUCGCAAAUCCUGCUAUCAAGGAAUGGCUAGAUGAGCUCACACAUGCCCUCUAUGAUGCUGAUGAUUUGUUGGAUGAAAUCAACACUGAAGCUUUGAGAUGCAAAGUGGAAGGUGUGUCCCAAAGUCAACCCAUUAGUGAUCAGGUGCGAAACUUCCUUUCUUCUCCUUUCAAAAGGUUUUACGGGGUCAUCAAUAAUGAAAUACAAGCUGCGUUUCAAAGAUUAGAGCAAUUUUCACUGCAAAAAGAUAUCCUUGGGUUGAGAGAAGGUGUUUCUAGCAGAGUUUGGCAUGGAACCCCCACAAGUUCUGUGGUAGAUGAAUCUGCUAUAUAUGGCAGAGAUGAUGACAAGAAGAUACUCAAAGAUUAUUUGUUGUCAGAAGAAGAUAAUGGUAGUGGCAGUAGAAUAGGAGUUAUUACCAUUGUAGGCAUGGGUGGAGUUGGUAAAACAACCCUUGCUAAACUCCUUUUCAAUGACCAUGAAGUGAAAGAGAAAUUUGAUCUGAAAGCAUGGGCAUAUAUUUCCAAGGAUUUUGAUGUUUGCAAGGUGACAAAGAGCCUUCUUGAAUCCGUUAGCUCAAAGCCAGUUGUCACAAAUAACCUGAAUACCUUACAAGUUGAAUUGCAGCAAAGCUUAUGCAAUAAAAGGUUUUUGCUUGUAUUGGAUGACAUAUGGGAUGGAAGCUAUAAUGAUUGGAACAAACUAAAAGCCAUUUUCAAAGCUGGGGAAAGAGGAAGCAAGAUCAUCAUCACAACACGGGAUGAAAAUGUGGCACUCGCGAUGCAAACCUCUCUUCCUAUACACUACCUAACAUCUCUUGACACUGAAGAUUGCUGGUCCUUGCUUUCUCAUCAUGCAUUUGGAGCACCUAACAGCAUGAAACAAUCCAAACUAGAAGUAAUUGGCAAAGAAAUUGCAAAAAGAUGUGGUGGCUUACCAUUAGCUGCAGAAGCCCUUGGGGGCCUUCUUCGGACAAAAUUAAUGGAAAAGGAAUGGAAUAGAGUCCUGAAAAGUAACAUCUGGGAUUUACCAAACGUCAAGGUGGUACCAGCUCUGUUAUUGAGCUACCAUUAUCUUCCUGCUCCUUUAAAACGAUGCUUUUCCUACUGCUCAAUUUUCCCCAAGAACUCCAUUUUAAACAAGAACAUGAUGGUUCAGUUGUGGAUUGCAGAAGGGUUAGUGCACGAGUCCAAAAGCAACAAAUCUAUGGAGGAGGUAGGUGAUGAGUAUUUCGAAGAACUCGUGUCACGAUCACUGAUUCGCCGGCAGAGCAUCAAUGAGAAAGAGGCCUUUGUGAUGCAUGAUCUCAUCAAUGAAUUAGCAACAAUGGUUUCAUCUGCAUAUUGCAUUAGGCUCGAGGAUCCAAAGGCGCAUGAAAUUCAUCUUGAAAGAGCUCGUCACUUGUCAUACAACAGAGGGAGGUAUGACUGCUUCAAUAAAUUUGGCACACUUGAUGGAGCAAAAUGUCUUCGCACCUUUCUAGCCUUACCAUUGAGACAUUGGUGGUCAUCAAAAUAUCCUAAUCUCAGAAGGCAUUACCUAUCAAACAAGUUACUAUUUGACUUGCUGCCAGCAAUGGCGCGGCUAAGGGUGUUAUCUUUGUCACACUACAACAAUAUCACUGAGGUGCCAGAAUCAAUUGGAAACUUGACACACCUUAGAUAUUUAGAUCUCUCUAACACUAAAAUUGAAAGAUUGCCCGACGCAACGUGCAAGCUCUACAAUCUACAAACCUUGUUGCUGUCCAAAUGCUGGUUACUCACUGAAUUGCCCGAGAAAAUUGGAAAUUUGGUUAAUUUACGCCACCUUGAUAUUACAGACACCGAAUUGAAAGAAAUUCCUGUGCAGAUAGCAGAACUGAAGAAUCUCCAAACGCUGUCAAACUUUGUUGUUAGCAAACAGCAAGAUGGAUUGAAGAUCUCAGAGCUGAGAAAAUUCCCCCAUCUGCAAGGGAAACUUUCAAUCUCAAAGCUGCAAAAUGUGACAAACCCUUUGGAAGCCUUUGAAGCCAAGUUGAAGAAGAAAGAGGAAAUUGUGGAAUUGGCAUUGAAGUGGAACUGCAACGCCUCCGAAGACUCGCAAGUUGAAAGGCUUGUUCUGGAGCAGUUGCAGCCCUCAACAAGUUUGAAGAAACUCACCAUCAAAUCCUACGGUGGAACUAGCUUUCCAAAUUGGUUAGGAGAUUCCUCUUUCGGCAACAUGGUGUGUUUGCGCAUCAGUGAUUGCGACCAUUGUUGGUCACUGCCUCCACUGGGACAACUACUUAGUCUCAAGGAACUCAUCAUUUCAGGACUAAAAUCGGUUAGGAGUGUUGGAACUGAAUUCUACCGAAGUUCUAGCACUCUUUCUUUCCAACCUUUUCCAUCGUUGGAGGAAUGGAACUUAAUUGGAGUUGGAGACACAUUUGUAGAGUUUCCCAUUCUGAAGCGUCUUUUUCUAUGUGACUGUCCCAAACUCAAAGGAAACUUACCCAACAACCUUCCUUCAUUAACAGGACUUGAGUUAUCCAAAUGUCCCUUACUCAACUCACAACAACAACAUCCAAAUCCAGAUGAAGUGGCAAGUAACGGCGACGUUACAAGGCCGUUAAUUCUGCUUUCGCUUUAUUCUCUUAGAGAGUUAACUAUCUCAUGCAUUCCGUCUGUCACGUCGUUCCCAGAAAACGCUCUUCUCGCGCUACACGUCGAUCGACAUGUUAAAGCGCUCUUCCCGCGCUACACGUCGCUCGACAAGUUGCAAAUAUUCAACAGCUGUGACUCACUGACAUCCUUCCCCUUGGGCUGUUUCCCCGUCCUCAAGAGCCUCUUCAUUCUGGGCUGCAAGAACCUAAAAUCCAUUACCGUCACGCAACGCGCGUCACCGCAGUCUCUCUCGUGUCUUCAGAGUUUAUCCGUAUACGCGUGUCCGAACCUGGAGUCACUUCCUUUUCCAUUGGCCCCUCCCAACCUAAACAACCUCCUCGUGUCGAGUUGCCGCAAACUGAAAUCGCUACCUGUUGGUACCGGAAAAUGA